CGGUUAAACGCAUAUAUAAAACAUCAUAAAUGAAGGACUUGCUUCAUUUGCCGCAGAACCAUGUAAGGCGUAAUCCAGUCUAAGUUUCUUUUUCAGCUUUCCAUUCUACCCUACCAAGAUGGCAGCCACAAGAAGGUUGGCUAAGGAACUUGAAUCCAUCAAAGACUCUGGACAAAAAAUAUUUAGGGAUAUUCAAGUUGAUGAAUCUAAUAUUCUAAAUUGGCAAGGAAAAAUAUGUACUGAGGAACCUCCAUAUAACAAGGGUGCAUUUAAAAUAGAGAUUGUUUUUCCUGCAGAGUAUCCAUUCAAACCACCGAAAAUCACAUUUAAAACAAAAAUCUAUCAUCCAAAUAUUGACGAGAAGGGCCAAGUAUGUCUCCCAAUAAUUUCUCCUGAAAAUUGGAAACCUGCCACGAAAACCGACCAAGUGAUUCAUGCCUUAGCAGCUUUGAUAUCUGAUCCAGAACCAGAACAUCCUCUGCGAGGCGAUCUAGCAGAAGAAUACACCAAAGAUAAAAAGAAAUUCAUGAAAACAGCCGAAGAAUACACUAAAAAGUAUGCAGAACAAAGGCCGCAAGAAUAGUGAUAUGCAGGAUUUUUUUAAAUAAACUUUAUUGUACAAACGAAAACUUCAUUGGAAAUUGGUAAAGACAUCAACAAUCUAAGAAUGUAAUUGAAGAAUCGUAUAAAACUAGGAACCUUUAUUGACAUUGUAGAUUUUCAUUCUAAUAUGUUUUAAUUUUCGUCCCGUA